CGUCUGUCUCCAUGGUAACGCUGCCGCGCCGCCUUAAACUCACGAUAAACUCCGUUUUUGUUUUGCUAGCAGGGAGCAGAAUCGCAUCUUUUUCUACGAUUUUUGUGGUUUGUUCUUUAAAUAAUAAAACUAACAAACACGUUCGACGAUGAGAGCGCACUCGAAAAGGACUGGCGGACAUUUUGUGACGCGCUGGUGAAAGUGAAGAAGCUCACAUUGAGAGAUGUGAGACCUGUGACGGACCAACAUGUCCACGCACACACAGACCACAACGGUGCUGCACAUAUGGGAGCUCGCCGUCCCUCUCCCAGCUGUGCUGAUGAUCACCGUGACUUUCUACAUGAUCCUCGUGGGCGUCGGUCUGUGGAUACGGUUCUGUCUUAAGGACCGUUGUUCUGCAGAGUGUGGUGACUGCGGUCCAGACAUUUCCAUCUCUGAGCAGUGCUUCAGGCUGGCGGAGACGUGUGACUGCCGCCCGCCGACCGUGCACUCAUGUCUCAACCAUUCGUGCCCUUCUCCCGCGUGUCUCAUGUGGGACUGUGCCUGCACCUGUCAACCUCCUGAGUGCGAGUCCUGCAACUGCCUCUGCUUCGAGAUCAGGAUCAAGUAGGACCGUCGAAGGUGAACGGAGGAUUUGCGAGGUUGUCCGCUCUCGUGGGACCGUGGGACAUGUCCCUGGAUAAAGAGUGGACGUCCCCUUCCUAUUUGCAGAAUGACUCACCUGUUUUAAUGUUUGAGUAUAUUUUACACAUGAAUGUGACUGAAUUAGCUUUGUGCUGUUACUUGUUUUUUUAUAUACACAUUUUUUUACUGUUUUAUUAAACAUAACGCAACUGUGGUGCUUCA